AUGGAGGGGUCCGAAGGCGACGGAGGGGAAGAGCUGCGUCUGCAGCCCCCGUCCACCCAGGAGGUGGAGAGCGGCUCCCGUGCGGGGGGCGAGGGGAUCGGCCAGGCCAGGCCACAUCCGACAGCAUCCAACGCCCCACCCGCCCUUCCCGUGGGAUGCGGAGCCGUGGGGUCGAGCCCGGAAGAGGCGGCGGGGGACCCGGCCCCCGACUGUGGCGACAACUCCUGGGAGAUCAUUCAGAGCGAGCCGGGUACCGCCGGUAUCCACAAGGAACCGGAUUCCCACGGCGGAAAAUUCUCACCGCCCCCACGGGGAGGCCGUGCUGGGACCCCAGGUAUAAAAACCCAACCCCAAACCCGCCCCAAAUUCCUCCAUUUUGGUCUUUUUCUCGCGGAGGAUGAGGCUCCUGAGGUGCCACCACGAGAUGAGCUCCAGCUCCAGCAGAUCCCAGCGCACCACUACGCAUCCAUAGAGGAGGAGAAUUACCAAACCACCAGCGACCAUCCCGAGGGAACCUGCGAGCCCAGCCAGUAUCUGUUUGGUGGCCAUUGCCCACCCCGGGACAUGAUGACCCUGGAGUUCGUUGCCGUGCUGUCAGAAAACCAGAAGCUCGACAAAAUGUCCAAGAUCUGUGUCGUCUUCUACAAAGAGCCCGGCCUCUGCGAGGAGUUCGCCAGCAUGGAGAAAAGAGACAGAGUCAUCACGGGCAGCGCCAGGAUCCCCAUCUCCCACCUGCAGCAGGGCCUCAUCUUUUAUAAAUAUGCCCUCAUGAACGCCUUCAACCAGGAGAGAAGGUGCACGUUGGAGGAGCUUUCCUUGGACAAUUCCGACAUCCCAAAACCCUUCAGGUCCAGACACGCUCAGUUUUAUCGCGUCAUCAAUAUACCCAACCAGGAGAUCAGAGCGGACAGAACAUGGACCAUCUUCGAAAAUAUCAAAUGCCAAUUCCCUGGUGGUGGCUUUGCCUGGAGACACAAGAAGGUGCCCAGGGAGAAGCUCCAGAUGGAGUACCUGGUGUGCAAUUUCCUUCCUCACGUCACCUCCUGGAACUCCCUGGAGGACGCAGAGAGGAAGCUGGACCGGUACAAGGAGAGUGUCAAGGGCUACUUAGGGGACGUGGAAAGAGGAAAACCCUUUCAGGUCAUCCAUGAAGCAGCUGUAAAAGAGGUGCGAGACAACAUCGAAGGCUUCAUCCAAGCCAUCAUCGAGAGCCUGAAGACAGGGGAACGCGAACUCCCCAGGCUCCUGCUCGCCUUCCACACCUCGUUUCGCUAUCGCAUCCCCCUCCCCGACUCGUCUGUCGCCAAGGCCGAGAAGUGCCUGCAGGUCAUGGAGUUCCUCCAGAACAACUACAAAGAGCUGAGAACAAAGAGCAAAUACUUUCAGUCCCUGAAGGACGCGUGCCUGAAGACCACCAACAGCACCUUGUGGAUCUGGUUGGUCCCGCUGCUCUGCGCGAUGAAGGAGAAGACAGAGGACCCCUUUCUCCCGCACGAGCUUCCUUUGCAAGCCUUCAUGCAGCUGAGGAAGGAGGAAGACAAGCAAAGGCAAGUCCUGAAGAUGAUAGGGGCUCACAAGGACUUGAUUACGAGAUGCGCACCCCUGGCAAAGAUGGUGGUGGAGAUGUUGGCCGUGAAGAACUGGACCAAAGACCCUUUGCCCGACAUUUGGCUUCCAGUCCAGCUCCUCUUGGAGACCUUGUGUGGGCGCAUCCUGGAUAUGAGUAAAGCCUCAGCUCCAGUACCUGAGGAGCUUCUGAACCCGGUGUUGAAAAACGUCGCCACCAGGAUGAGCUGCUGGUUCGAGGACAAGCGCCUGGUGGGGUCUUCAGAGCAGCUGCUGACACCCCCGAACGAGUCCGAGCUCUUGCAGUGCCUGAACUUGGCCUACAUGUUGCUCAAGUAUUUCUUGGUGGGACCCAUGACGUCAUCGUUCAGCUCCAUGAUGGAAAUGCUGCGGAUUCUUGGGCCGUUUGUCAGCAAAGAGGGCUUGCUCCAAGCGAACAAGGAGUUCCAGCAGUUGACAUCAAUGGAAAUGUUCCAAGAGUUUUCAAGUUUGGUCAGGCCGUGGCUUGAGAAGACCUUUCACAAGGCACCCACUGACGUGAAAACCUUCCUGAAGACCUUCGAGGACUGGCAGCAGCUGCUCACCACAGAGCUCGUCUGCGCGGGGUGGACUGAGGAGUGGCAGGGCUUGAUCCUUGAUGUCUUUGAGAAGUGGCUGAGGAAGAUUAAUGACAAAUACCUGGUGGACUUCUUCUGGGCUUUCCUGAAGAUGGAGAAGCACUGCGACCCCCGUCUGGAGAGCUGCUUCACCGAUUGCAUCAUCCAGUGGGUUAGGCACCUCGACAAAAAUGAGGAGUCCAAGAUGAAGCCCCUGAUGAACGUCUUCAAGACGAAGAAGCCGGUUGCUGGGAAGGUGCUUUCCAUCCUCGUGGAGAAGAUUUGCUCGGAGGUGAAGGGGCUGGAAAGAGUUGACACCUUUGAUGAGGUCACCAGCCCCAUUCUUGCCAACCUCCUCAACACUCCCGGGCUCUUCGAACUCAUUUACGCCAUCCAAGAAACAGACCACAAGGUUCAAGUUCACAUCAGCGAUGAGGCGAAAGACCUCCAUGCCCGGGUGUGCAAGCUCUUGAGCUUCGUGGGACAUCGCAUUCUCUUGGGAGAUGUUCCCUGCAGAAUCCUCGUCGACAUCUUAAAGCAAAAGGAGCAAUUUAAGAAGUUACUCUGCGCCUGUGAUCCCUCUUUUUCCAAGUGCAUAACGGAAGUGGUGGACGUCAGGAAGCAGGAGUUUGAGGAACUGGAAAAGCAGAAGAAGCAAAGAUGCUCUUUUCUCCGCCUGUGCCGUGGCAUAGAGGACAUGAUCAAAGUGGACAGAAGCAUCAUAGAGAAAAGCAUCGAUGACAACGAAAGCCUUAAGGAUCAGACAUCGGUGAGGAAGUUCUCCAUCGAUGGCAGGAACGAAAUGGAAGUGCACGUCCUUGCCAGUUACAGUGACAUGAUGCGAAAGCUUUACACCGUGGAGAGAAGCUACUGCUUCCGUCGGCUGUGGAAGAUGAGAGCAGAGCAAACCAAAGCCGCGAUGCUCGAAGAUCAAGUUUUCUCCGUGGAAGAUGUUCAAGAAAAAAUUUAUAAGCCAGCCAUCGCUGACUUUCAGAAAACCUACCUGUCCCUCAAAGACUUCUCCAUCACCCUUGGGACCCUGCAGAGCCAGUUUGAGCAGCUGCUGGAAUACAAGGAUCAGCUCCUGGAGGAGCUCCAAAUCAUGGAGCGCUGCGAAGGGCCAGGGGGUGGAAAAGCUUCCUGGAUCGCGGGUGCAGUGGAGAGGAUUGACAACUACCUGACCCUCUCGAAAGUGGUGAACACGGCCAAGCUGAUUGACGCUCUGAGGCGGCAGCUUUGUCUGGAGGGGGACUUCCAGAUUCUCAGCGACCUGACGAAAUACAAAGAGCAGGAAUUCAGGAACAAGCGACUCGAUUUCAUGACCCAAGACUUAAUGAAGGUGAAAAACAUUUUGAGUGACAUUCCCCAAGGAGUCCUGGACUUUUUGAGGGAACUUCUGGAAUGCGCAAGGAAAGGCUUUACCUCCUGGAUCAAGACCAUCAUAAAAGACAAGACAGAAAUCCCCGUAUUCGUGGAGCUGGCAUCGAUUUCUGCAGGUGAAAAUGACAUGGAUAUCGACAGGGUCAGCUUUUUCCGCGACGCCAUGACUGCUUCUGCCCCCAUUGUAUUGGACCUGGGGCCCACUGCUGGGUUUGAGCAGUUCUCAGAAGCUCUGGCCUUCAUCAGAGAAGCCAUCGAGAAAGACAGGAAGCUUCCCAAGAAGCUGAAAGAUUCCUGUCACAACAAAGAGUGGAUACAGAUGGUCCACGACUCUCACGGCUCGGUGGAGCGCUCGUCCAUCUCUCAAGCCAGAAGCAUCAACAGACAUGGGCUAUUCACCAUCUCGGCGCCUCCGAAAUUCAAGGCUACGCUCGAGGACUGCGUCUCGUUGCGACUGCUGAAUGACAAUGAGGAGAGCACGCCUCCAGCAGACCCGAAGGGCAAGAAAUACAGUUUGUCUCAGCUGACAGAGCUCCAGAACAAGCUUAUGUUGAUCGCCACCAAGGUUGAGCAGGGCAGGGAGGAGGCAAACCGCUUCUUGGAGAUAUUGGAAAAAGUUGUGACAGUUGGAAAGUUGUGCCUGGAACUUCUCAACGUUGGCAACAUCCUCUUCAUCAACUGGAAGGCUGACAUCUACUGCAACCCCCAGCAACGCGUGAAAAUCUACACGGAAUUUGGGAUCGCGGGGGUCCUCGUUCAGAGCACAAGACCCCUCCUGGAGGAGCUGGACAGCCUCGCUAAAGCAAUGGACCAUUGCCUGGCUGAGUGGAAGAAGUACCUGAAGACUCAAAGGGACACCUACUAUCAUCUCAACCUGUUCACCGCCCACCAGCUCUUCUACUUAUGCAGCCAGCUGGCCAGAGUCCAGAAGGACAUCGUAGAACCGCAGGUGCUCAUCAUGCUUUCCGCCAUCAAGCAUGACGUCGACAAGGAAGAUAUCAAAAAAGCCCUGGGGGAUGCGCUGCUGACUCCUCUGGACUCCGUGAAUACGUCGGCAGCGGGCAGUGAGUCAGUUACCUGGCAAGAUUACAUCAUUCAUUUUCCCCAGCUCAUCAAGAGCUUGGCCGAGUCAGGCUACGACGAGUCAGUGGCAAAGGCGGCCUUGCAGAGCUGCCUGGCCAACCCACCCAUCACAGAGCAGAUGCUCAUGGAUUUUGCCUUCGAGCAGGGCGACGACAAGGAGCUGGUUGAAGAGCUCAGCAAACUGUACGACGAGACGAGAGAAACCUUCCUGCAGGCCAGACGGAAAUUUAAAACCAGGAACAGAGACGUGGAUCAGGUUUCCUUCAGCACGCUGGCGUGCGAUGAACUGGUGGCCUCCUUUGAGAGUUUGCCAUCUAUUUAUGACAAGGUGAAUCUGCUCUGGGACGCUUACUGUAAGAAAUUCGCUGGCCUGGUGUCCGAUAAAUACAUAGGCCUGGAUGUUUUUGGGGAGGUGCUGAAGCGCUUGGCCGCUCGAGAAAGCAGGCGCGUUGAGAGGGGUCUACCUGUAGGCUUCGAAGAGGGGAAGCCCCUCCUUGUCCUGUGCAAGGAAGAGGAGAUGUUACCCAACAUGUUGUUCGUCUACCGACACACCGAGAUGGCACCUCUCCCGUCAUAUGACGAGGUCCUGGUGUGCACGCCCAACACAGAGGAGGAGGAGGUGGAGCUGCUUGUCAGGAGAGCUCUUUCCCCCGGUUCCCAAGACCAGAAGAUCUACUGUUUGCUGGGCGCUGACAAAUUAGUUUAUAAAGUCUCCAAACAACUCGAGUCCCACUUCUUCCGCCUGGUGCAAUCUUCCGGCAGCCCCAACUACAGAUUCAUCAUCUUCUGCAAUGCCAAAGCUCACAACGCCUACGUUACCACAGCCUUUGAUGCCUACAAAGUGACUUUCCCCUGCUACUCCAAGACAGAAAUCCAGACCUACCUGAAGAUGCACCUCAAAGUGCCGAGUGGGACAGCCCCCGUUGCUCAAGCCUUUGAAGAGCCCUAUCAGCAGAACGUGAAGUUUGUCUAUUCGGAGCGAGCGGGAAUGGGGAAGUCUCUCUUUGUGGACAACACCAUCGGCAAGGUCCAUGCCCAGCUGGGUGGCACGCUACCGCUUCACAAAACCAUCAGGCUGAUGGAGUCAGAGAUCGAUUUCCAGUUCUUCGUGGAGGAGCUCUUCUCCAUCAAAGAAUCCUCAACUGAACCUCAGCCCAGCAUCUUCCACAUCGAUGUCUCUCCAGUGGUAUCGAAGGGUCUCUACCGGCUGCUGAUUGACCUGUGCAUCUUGCGCCACGUCCAGGGUCCUGACGGCUUGGUCUGGAAGUGCAAACCCUCUCAUCUUUACAUGAUUGAGUACCUGGCAAAAGGGAGGGGGCUCAGCAGCACAAGGAAGGAAGAGAUGUCCGUUGAAAUGGAAGAAACCUUUCUGGAUCUUUUUCCUACCGUGGAGUGCAUCUCGCCGCUGCGGGUGCUCAGCUUGCUGGGACAUCCCAGCUCCAUCCCUCCCGCAGAGCUGAGGGAGGAAUGGUUCGACCGGGACAAGCUGAAGAGCGAAGUUUUCCAAAGGUCCUACCAAUACCUCAGCAGAUACAGGCAGAAUGAAAACCUUGACCAUUUCACUUUUGUCCCUGGAAGGAUCGAAGGGACAGAGAAGGAAUGCCUGGACUGCUUGAUGGAAUUCUGCGGGAGAAGCAACCCCUCCUGGACCGAGCUCAGCAACUUCACGCACUUCUUGAACUUCCAGCUACAAAAAUGCGAGAAAUCGGUCUUCUGUGGGCCAGUGGUCAGCGAGCAGUUCCGCGGCUUCAAAACAUUCGUUGUCAAGUUCAUGAUCUCCAUGUCCAAGGACUUUGCCAUGCCUUCCCUCCACAUGGCCGACGAAAGCGUGCCGAGCGAGGAGCAGAAGGAGAUGGACAGUGUUUUGAGACAGUACCAGCUGAGGCGCAAGUGGGAGCAGGA